ACUGUGAAAGGGUGGGGCUAUUGAGAACUGCCUCCAGCAGUUGGACAAGCUAAGCACAGUUUUGUCUAGUAAAACUCUUGUUAACGCUUUACCCAUCAUUUGUCUGCUCGGAGAACAGGUUCAGCCAUCAAAAAUAGAUAUUUCAAUUCAUUUUAAAACAUCUCCGGUGAUGAUACGUGUGUGUUAAUCACUGGCGCGCCGCGCGAAAGUUGAUGGUGGGCUGCCUCUCAAAAGUUCUCACAAGUUGUUCAAACAGGAGAAGAGAUAAUGCUUCUUCAACGAGACCAGCUUCAAUGAAAGAAUGAUUUCGUUCGUCAGUGGUAGGUGGUGGAGAUGGAGGUUCCAGAAAGCUCUCCCAGUUUUCCUGCUGCUGCUCUGCUUUUCGACCACAGUAGCACAGAGCUGCCAGAGUAGCGUCAGCUGCAAUGUGGUGCUCACUGACUCCCAGGGCUCUUUUACCUCCCCCUGCUACCCCAAUGACUACCCACCCAGUCAGUCCUGCAAGUGGACCAUACAGGCCCCGACUGGCUUUAUAGUGCAGAUCACCUUCCUAGAUUUUGAGCUCGAGGAAGCAUCCGGCUGCAUCUAUGACCGCAUCGACAUCAAAACUGGCACGAGCGAUACCAACUUUUGCGGCUUAACACCCAAUGGACUAACUCUCAACUCCAGUGGCAAUGUGAUGGAGAUUUCCUUUACCUCAGACUUUAGUGUCCAAAAGAAAGGCUUCCAUAUCAGUUACAAACAAGUGGCUGUGGCACUGAGGAACCAGAAGGUCACAAUGCCAAAAAGCAGCAAGAAUGUAGUGAGAGUGGCCAAUUCAGUCUUCAUUCCUGUUCUCACUGCAUUCACUGUGUGCUUUGAGAUCUCCCGCACUUCCCAGAAGAGCACAGAGACUAUCUUUACCAUGUCUGAUGCUGAUGGCACAUCCAUUUUGGCAUUUCAGAAGAAAGAAAGAGGCAUGGAGCUGUUCAUUGACGGCUCCUACUGCUCUGUAAACGACCUGUUUACCAGCUCAGACAUCACAUCCAGCAUGACGCCCAUCUGCCUCACCUGGACCAAGGCCACCGGCCUUGUGGCAGUGUACUCUGGAGGCAUCUAUCAAACCAAAAUCUGCGCAGCCUCUCAGGUUUGCACCUUGCCGAGUGGGGGAAUCCUCGAACUUGCAGGAAAAGGGUCAAGCUCGGUCAGUGUGGAUGAUCAGAAUUUGGAUGGCUUCAUGUACAAUUUCCGAUUGUGGGAUUACGCCAUGCCCAAAUCUGAGUUGUCUGUCCUCACCUGUGAUGUCGAGGGAAACGUCAUUGACUGGGAUCAUCGCUUCUGGACUAUGCCAGGCAGUUAUAUGCAGACUGACAGCACUCUCAGCUGUAGCACUGACAUAGCAACUCUUUCCCCGGGAACCACGGGUUGUGCUUCCUCUGGACUUGGCUGCCCAGAGGAUAUUUUCUACAGAAUAUCCUUAGUGGUUAUUGAUGAGCAAGCAAACACUGCAGACAGGGAUGCCAAGACGAUGAUAUCUCAAUGGCUCAAUCAAACAUUUCAAAACUGGAUCUACAGAGUUUAUGUUGAUAGUGUCAGUCUCCAACCUAGCACUGUUCUCUCAAGGGCCACAGAUAUACGCCAAACCUACAUGGCCCUGCUGGUGUAUAAGAAUACCACAGAUGUAAGUCUGGCAGAAGCAGAGAUUGAAGACAUAUUGAGAAGUGCCCCUGCAAUCGGCAAUGGCUUGAUAUUGGACGGUGUGACUGUGAACUUAAUGGAAAACUGCCAGGCCGAGGAGUUCCCAUUCCACUACAGAUGGCCAGAGAGCAGACCCACUGUCACCCAGUACGUCCCCUGUUUCCCUUACAAAGAGCAAAACGCAUCCAGGACUUGUAUGAUUAGCCAGUAUAAUUAUACAUCAUAUUGGACCCUCCCGGACCGUGGAAACUGCACUAACAUAACAAGCAUUUCAGUUUCACAAGAGAAUGCUAUGGAAGUGGCUGUGCAGCUCGCUGACAUCAGCAAUAAUGAGCUCUCUAACGAGGAGGUGACACAGGUUGUCUUCAAGGUCAAUGAGCUUGUGAACGUAGCCAAAAUCAACGCCACCCUGGCCAGCACUGUGGUCACUAUCAUAUCCAAUGUCAUGAUCAGCUCAAAGGCCGCUCAAAAGGAAUCCUCAGACACAGCUCUCAGAGCAGUGGAUAAAAUGGUACAGAAGAUUGAGUUCGAUGGACCCUUACUAACCAUCUCAUCCAAAAAUCUGGCUGUUGGAGUUUCUGCUCUAAACAUCAGCAAUUUCAACGGGACCACUUUCAGUGCAUUUAUAGCCACAAACACAACGGAGCCUCAGAUUGAUUUUGAGUCAGAAGCCCAGAAUGCUUUGGCUGUGGUCACUCUGCCUCCAACACUACUGCAGAACUUGAGUAAUUCACUGAAAGUGUCCAGAAUAAACUUCAUGUUCUUCAGCAAGACAGGACUCUUUCAGGAUCAGCAAAGUAACGGCAUGUCCUUGAACAGCUAUGUGGUGGCUAGCAGUGUUGGCAACUUCACAAUCAAAAACCUGCAGGAUCCUGUCAGAAUAGAGAUUGCCCAUCUGGAGUACCAGAGAGAUCCAAAGCGUCUUUGUGUAUUUUGGGAUUUCAACCUCCAAAAUGAGGAUAGCACAGGGGGCUGGAACAGUGAAGGUUGCGAGGUCAGUCCGGAGUCCAACAGCAACAGGACCGUCUGCUUGUGUAAUCACCUCACACACUUUGGCAUUCUAAUGGACAUCUCUGGAGCUUCUGCACAGAUAGAUGAGAAGAACAACAGGGUUCUCACUUUCAUUACCUACAUUGGCUGUGGCAUUUCAGCCAUUUUUUCUGCAGCAACACUUCUCACGUACAUCGCUUUUGAGAAGCUGCGGCGGGACUAUCCCUCUAAGAUCCUGAUGAAUCUCAGCACGUCAUUGCUCUUCCUCAACAUGGUGUUUCUUCUGGAUGGCUGGUUGGCCUCAUACGAGAUUGAGGGAUUGUGUGUGACGGUGGCUGUUUUUCUGCACUUUUUCCUUCUCACUUCCUUCACAUGGAUGGGCUUGGAGUCCAUCCACAUGUAUAUUGCCUUGGUCAAGGUCUUCAACACCUACAUACGGCGAUACAUCCUCAAGUUUUGCCUCGUUGGAUGGGGUGUCCCUGCUUCAAUUGUUGGCAUUGUGUUGGCUGUGGGCAAGAAUUCUUAUGGAAAAAACUAUUAUGGAAAAGGAGAGACUGGACAGGGCACCGAAUUCUGUUGGAUUCGUAGUCCGGUUGUAUUCUACGUGACAUGCGUGGGCUACUUUUCCAUGAUAUUCCUGAUGAAUGUUGCCAUGUUCAUCGUGGUCAUGAUCCAAAUCUGCGGUCGUAACGGCAAACGGAGCAAUCGAACACUUCGAGAGGAGAUCCUACGUAACCUGCGUAGUGUGGUCAGCCUGACUUUCUUGCUGGGAAUGACCUGGGGCUUUGCUUUUUUCGCCUGGGGUCCAGUCAGCUUGGCCUUCAUGUACCUCUUCUCCAUUUUCAACUCCCUACAGGGAUUAUUCAUAUUUGUGUUCCACUGUGCUCUGAAAGAAAAUGUACAAAAUCAAUGGAGGAGGUACUUGUGCUGUGGAAAGUUCCGCUCGGCAGAUAACUCAGACUGGAGCAAAACUGCCACUAAUAAUACCAAGAAAGUGAGUUCCGAUAACCUGGGAAAAUCCCUCUCCUCCAGUUCAUUUGGCUCCACUACAGCCAACUGGACGUCUAAAGCCAAAGCCACACUAAACCCCUUUGCCAGGCACAGUAAUACAGGUAAAAGUUUCUCCAAUCAGAGCAGUCCCAAAUGCAACCCUUCCGACGGAGAGGCUUCCUCGUCCAUCCUCCCUGUCCACCAGGUCCUGGACAAGGUAAAGGGUUACUGCUCCGUGCGCUCAGACAACUUCUACAAAAACAUUAUGAUGUCAGACAGCUUUAGCAACAGCACUAAAUUCUAGUGAGAGGAGGCUGAGACAGAGCCCUGUUCUGCCCCACAGACUUACCUUGUGUGUAAAGACUAUGCUACAUAUUGAGUUAAUAACCCUUCAAGCCCUUCCACCCUCCCCGACUGGAGUAGAGAAACGCAUAACCCUGUAGAGAGGGCAAGCUAUGAAAGUGUGGAUUUGACAUACUGUGAUAUUCAGCUUAUACUGACUAUGUGAUCUGUAAAUAUUUAUAAUAUAUUUUACUAUUUGUGCUUUUUCUAAUUUCGGUUUUGCAUACUUUUUUGCACAUUACUUUGGUUUUUGUUUUUGUAUAUAUAAAUGCAUAAAGGCUUGCUGCAGCAGAAAAAAAAAAAUGGGACCAAUUUACGGUACAUCCAAAGACUGACUGGCAAACAUGAGGAGUACUAGUUAGUUUCUCACUUCGGGACUGAAAGAACAAGUACGGUUGGAGCUUGAAUUUUCAUACUUGUGAAUUUCACCUUGAUUUAGCUUUCUUUACCUUACGUUUAUUUUCAAUGUAAAUUAGUGAACCUUUAAUACUUCUGUUUAAAUGCUCUCUAUUUUAGUUUUAGUCACAUGAUCUACUACUGAUUAACUUGUUACAGAAAAUGUUAGUUUUUUUUUUUUUUUUUUACAAUGUGUUCAUUGUUCAAGUGUUUCAGUGCAUGCAGUUUCAUAAAACUGCUCUAAUAGAAGGACAGGACAUCGAGAUCAGUCCUUUGCUAUUUGACGAUAGAAAGGAAAACAACAGCUACAGUAUACACCAAAUCUAACACAUUCAGAUCUUCCUUGCUGUAGUUUAAUGACUGUUUUGACUUGGUAUUUAUUUGAAAUGCUUUUAAGAGAUUUCUUUGCUUCAUUGAAGAAAAUGUCAGGAGAGGGAAUGCUUACCGAGGGCUUCUCAGUUUGCUCUGGUCAUCAGUGUAGAUCAUCAUUGUAUAGCGGUUAUGGAUGCUUUAUGAAAAUGUGACAUCCUGCAUAUUAAAUGCACUUAAAACAGA